UCCAAGGAUAUUUCUUUACGUGCAUCAUCCGGCUCAAAUCUUCGAUCUCUCAUGCAGUACUUUUCGAGGAUGCCCUACGAACAAGCGAAUAAGCUCAGUUUCCUAGAUGCAGAACUUAUACACGUGUAUACUGUUGGAAUGCGAUCUCAAAAUGAGAUUGUACGAGAAGAAUGUGUGAAAUGCCUGGCUCUGCUUGUAGAUUGUUUCUCAGAUCAUUCACAGUUGAAGCAAUUGACGCCAUUGAGAAAUUCCGAUGAGGAAGUUGAUUUCUUCAGCAACAUUAUUCAUAUUCAGAUUGGAGGUGUAUAA